ACUCGAUAUAAAUACGACUUAAUGGCCUUCCAAGAAGAUCAAGCUGCAGUGCAAUAGCUAGCUUAAAGCCUUAUUACUUGCAACGCGGGAGCUCACAAGAAUCAAUAAAAUAGUUCACGCAAUGGCAGCAUCCAUGGAGGCAGCCUGUGGCAGCGGAGCCAAGCACAUCAUCCUCGUCCAUGGCGCGUGCCACGGAGGCUGGAGCUGGUACAAGGUGGCGUCUCGGCUGCGAUCAGGGGCGGCAGAGCUCAGCUACCACGUCGCGGCCCCGGACCUCGCUGCGUCAGGGGUGGAUGCCCGUCGGCUGUCGGAGGUGCCGACGUUCCGUGACUACACGGCGCCACUGCUCGACGUGCUACGGUCACUACCGGAGGGUGAGAAGGCAGUGCUCGUCGGCCACAGCCUCGGGGGCCUGAGCGUCGCGCUCGCAGCGGAGCUGUUCCCGGAGAAGGUCGCCGCAGCGGUGUUCCUUACCGCCUUCAUGCCGGACUGCGUGUCGCCGCCAUCGGAGGUGAUUCUUAAGAAUGUUGCCCGCAGCACUUACACACCGUUGGACAACUUGAUGAGACCCCAAGAUGCAGAGGGAAAACUCCCAUCUUCCUUCAUGUUCGGGCAACAGUUUACAGAACAACUGCUGUAUCAGUUGUGCUCGCCUGAGGACCUCACACUUGGGAAAUCUCUCGUGCGAAUUGGUUCACUCUUCCUGGAAGACCUGCAAACCCAGCCGCCAUUCACCAAGGAUCACUAUGGAUUAGUGCGUAAGGUAUAUGUGGUCUGUAAGCAAGAUAAGACCAUUACCGAGGAGCACCAGAGAUGGAUGGUGGCGAACAAUCCUGUUGAUGAGGUCAUGGAGAUCGACGGUGCGGAUCACAUGGCAAUGCUCUCUACGCCAGACCAAGUUGUGAAGUGCAUCAUUGACAUUGCUAACAGAUACAAUUGAGUUAGAGUAAAUAGUUUCAAUGGCUAUGUACCGUGGAUAGCCAGCGUUAUGUUACUCCGAAAGAAAUAUGGAUGGUGCGUUAACAUGUCUCGAUUUUCUCAUCA